UUUUUUUUCGCAACUUUGGCCAAGACUUCUCGGUACCGCAUUUAAGUAGAAUGUUAAGUAGCAUUUUAUUUCGGAUGGCCCAUCGAACAAGCAAUACAAUAAAAUCCCCCAUCUUGUUUAGCUUAUCUUCGUCUUCCCCAUGGCGUCCAACAACACCGAAAUUGAAAAGGAAUUCAGAUUCUUCCGCGUUUACAAAGAUGGCCGUUUCGAGUUAUUUCGUCCUCAUUGGGACACAAUUCCACCCUUUGAUGACCCCAUCACCGGUGUCCGAUCCAAAGAUGUAACCAUCUCCUCAGAACCACCCGUAUCCGCCCGUAUUUUCCUACCCAGAGUCACAACUUCCGGCCAGAAGUUCCCUCUCCUCUUCUACAUCCACGGUGGUGGGUUCUCAACGAUGUCGGCUUUCCACCCCUCUCACCAUGAAUUUUGCAGCACGGUCGCUGCCAAAGCCGGCAUUAUCGUCGUGUCAGUCGAGUACGGACUCUUCCCUUCCCGACCCAUACCGGCUUGUUACGAUGACUCUUGGGCCGCUCUCCAAUGGGUGGUGGGUCAUGUCAACGGGAACGGACCCGACCCGUGGUUGAACGACCACACCGACUUUAGCCGGGUUUUUAUUAGCGGAAAUAGCGCUGGAGGGAACAUUUCGCAUACCUUGGCAGUUCGGGUCGGGUCAAUCGGGUUACCUGGUGCGAAGGUGGUGGGGGUGUUGUUGGUGCACCCUUUUUUUGGGGGUACGGAAGAUGAUCACAUGUGGCUUUACAUGUGUCCAACCAAUGGCGGACUGGAAGAUCCAAGGCUGAAGCCACCGCCGGAAGAUUUGGCUCGGCUGGGGUGUGAGAGAGUGCUGAUUUUCGUGGCGGAGAACGACCAUCUGAAUGUUGUGGGGAAGAAUUACUAUGAGGAGUUGAAGAAAAGUGGGUGGGGAGGAGAAGUGGAGAUUAUUGAGACUGCAGGCGAAGUGCAUAGCUUCCAUUUGCAUAACCUCAGCACCGAAAAGGCUGUAGAGUUGGUUAAUAAAUUUGUAUCUUUCAUCAAACAUGAGUAGAUGUCUGCUAUGUACUUUCUGGUGUAGCUGUUGAAUUACGAACUUGUUGAAUUCGAUGGUGGUGAAUAAUGAAUAUUCUAUGCC